CAUAACAUUCACAUGCCUUGAGCUCCUCCUUAUGGCUGGAGAAGUGAUUGAUGGUGUUCGUUAAUCAAACUGUGUUCUUGAUAUGUUGAACACUGAUCAAGCGGGUUCUAAUGCGUGUUUCUUUAGGUUCACGGUACAGAAGAAGGGUCAGACUACCACCAGGGUCAUAAAACUACUCCUGGAAAUGCCCACAACUCCUACGAAAGCCUUGUCAAAUAUGUGUUCUUGGGUGGCGAAAUGUCUCAAAAUACGACCCUGAAUGUCUCUCGAUAUAUUGAGAAGUGCGCUGAAAUAAGUAAUCUACACCCACGGAGCAGAACCGCGGCACACAUCAAAGGGCAUGACAACUCCAUAGUGGCGAUCUUCCAGACUUACUCCAGUGACAUUUCCGGUAAUUGCCAGUAUUUGAAACGGUGUAUAUAGUCACAGAGAAUAAUUGAGAGCACAGAAAGUCUAAAAUCCUACAAAUACUGAAUUGCUGGCUGGGUUAGUGAGUUGCUUGUAAAAGACAUUCAACGCGGGAAUGGUGCUACAAUCUACAUACCUAUGUAAACUUCAUAACAGGUAAGGCAGAGGUGUGUGGCCGCCGGCAGUCUGGGUGCAUCGGUAGGCCCGCACGGUAGCCAAGACGUCACGGUCCUCCUCACGGCGCUGACUGUCUACCUUGGAUCUGCUCCUCAUCUUGCAGGGAGCAGCCAUGCACCGGCGGGCAGGGCUGGUGCUGCUGCUGGCGGCGGUGGUGGCCGAGGCGCUCCACACAGACGCAGCCUCCCACGCGCGCGCACGGCGACACGACCUCUUUGGCAACCAUAACCAUAAUCACAACCACGACCACGACCACAACCAUGAUCACGACCAUACUUUCGACCAUAACCAUGACAGUGGAUCCCUCACGAAUAAGCCUGGCGUCGGCGGGAACCAGGGCGGCCAUAACACUGGCGGCUCGCUCACAAACAAACCUGGCGUCGGAGGCAACCAGGGCGGCUUCAACCCCGGCGGAUCCUUGACCAACAAACCUGGCGUCAGCGGGAGUCACAUCCAGCGGCGGUCACCCAGCCACGGACACGCCACCAGCUACCCAAGAGCCAAGAGGGAGGCCGAACCAGGAGGCGGCAGCAGAGGCGCGAGCGGGGCCUGGAGUGGCUCAUUCAGCGUCAGUGGCUCUAAGGGCUCCGGCUCAGGGUCCUCCAGUGGCUCCUUCAGUGGGUCCAAAGGGUCCGGCGGCUCAGGGUCCAUUAGUGGCUCUUUCAGUGGCUCCAAGGGGUCCAGCGGCUCAGGGUCCAUCAGUGGCUCCCUCGGUGGCUCUGGCUCUGGCUCUGUUAGCGGGUCGUUUGGUGGUGGUGGUGGUGGACUAGGAGGUGGUGGUGGACUAGGAGGUGGUGGUGGACUUGGUGGUGGUGGAGGUGGAGGACAUGGUGGUGGUGGUGGAGGGGGAAUAGGAGGUGGUGGAGGUGGAGGCAUUGGAGGUGGUGGAGGUGGAGGCAUUGGAGGUGGUGGAGGUGGUAGCCAUGGUGGUGGUGGAGGUAUUGGUGGAGGUGGAGGCCAUGGUGGUGGUGGUGGAGGGGGAAUAGGAGGUGGUGGAGGUGGAGGCAUUGGAGGUGGUGGAGGUGGUAGCCAUGGUGGUGGUGGAGGUAUUGGAGGUGGUGGAGGUGGAGGCAUUGGAGGUGGUGGAGGUGGUAGCUAUGGUGGUGGUGGAGGUAUUGGAGGUGGUGGAGGUGGUAGCCAUGGUGGUGGUGGAGGUAUUGGUGGAGGUGGAGGUGGUAGCCAUGGUGGUGGUGGUGGAAUUGGAGGUGGUCAUGGUGGUGGUGGAGGUAUUGGACAUGGUGGUGGUGGAGGAAUAGGUGGUGGUGGUGGUGGUAGUCAUGGUGGAGGUGGUGGAAUUGGAGGUGGUGGUGGUGGAGGAAUUGGUGGUGGUGGAGGUGGUAAUCAUGGUGGAGGUGGUGGAGGUGGAGGACAUGGUGGUGGUGGAGGUGGAGGAAUCGGUGGAGGUGGAGGUGGUAAUCAUGGUGGAAGUGGUGGUAUUGGAGGUGGUGGAGGUGGAGGACAUGGUAGUGGUGGAGGUGGUGGCUUCGGCGGAGGUGGAGGUGGUGGAUUCGGUGGAGGCGGCGGAUUCGGCGGUGGAUCAGGAGGUGGAGGAGGUUUCGGUGGGGGUAGUGGAUCAGGAAGUGGAGGAGGUUUCGGUGGAGGUAGUGGAUCAGGAGGUGGAGGAGGUUUCGGUGGAGGUAGUGGAUCAGGAGGUGGAGGAGGUUUCGGUGGGGGUAGUGGAUCAGGAAGUGGAGGAGGUUUCGGUGGGGGUAGUGGAUCAGGAAGUGGAGGAGGAGGAGGUGGAGGAGGUUUCGUUGGGAGCAUCGGAGGUGGUGGAGGAGGUUAUGGAACAGGAGGUGGAGGCAGUGGAGUAAGUGCUGGAGGAGGGUGCCUCACUAACAAGCCUGGAGCUGCCUGUGCCGGAGGGGGAGCGGUACAAGCUGGGGGGAGUGGGGGAGGAUACGGUGGGGGUGACGGGGGUGCGUGGGCCACAGGGGGCGCCUUCACCUCGGAUGGCUCUGGGGUGAAGGGCCUGAGGGUGGAUGUAAGGAGUGGAGGUGAUGCCUAGUUCUUACUCCACCUGUUUCAUUUUGUUUCGUUUUCUCCUUUUCUUUGAUUAGUGUCUCGUCUCAUGUUGCAUUAAAGUGUGUGUGUGUGUGUGUGUGUGUGUGUGUGUGUGUUUGUAAUGGUGUUUGUAAAAGUAUAAAAAUUUGUAUCCACUUUUGUAUUUUGUUUUCACGUUUGAGAUUCUCCAUGUUAAAGGUUUCCAUGUCGUUUGAUGUCAAUGAUAAAAGAGAAAAAUAUUA